AAAACUGCAGUAUUAUAUAUACUGGGAUAUAGCCUCACGAUUUUGCGAUAAGCGAAACGUUGAAAUCACUUUUACAGUAUUUGUUGGGGAUUUAAAAGUUAUAUAUAUAUAUUUACCAAGACUUCAACAUGUUGCUUGAUCAAAGAUAUCAUGGACACAUUUAAUAUAUCCCGUACCGAAGCUGCACUUGUACAGUCCGUUGCCUUCGCAGCUGGUCCAUCACCUCACAAACAAGUCGCAUGAAUAUCAUCUGGAAGCCCUGAUACAGCAGCACCAUGCAUAUUUUACUGGCACUUGUGACCCUCGUCGCAGUUUUCGGAUCACUGCACGUAAACGGGAAGGAAAGUGAUAGCGAGGAUAGUAGUGAUGAAGAGGAUAGUAGUGGUAGUAGCGAUAAAGAUACCAAGAGGAAAUGCUUCGCCGAUCCAAAUAUACGCAACAAAUGCCAGAAAAGGAGACCGAGAGAACUGUUCUUCUUUAAUUCAACUUCGUCUCAGUGUGAAGAGUCCUCGCAAUGUUUGCAUGGACCGAACUCGUUCAAAACCGAAGCCAAAUGUGAAUCACAAUGCAUGCGACUAGUCGGAAACGGGAAUGUCUCAGAAGAAUGCACCGACUAUUCGACCUGCUCGGUGACUUGCGGACAGUGUACCCUAACCCGUAAUUGUACGCCCGGACCAGAUAACUCGAGCUCAUGUAGCGGGAUUGAAACAAAGACAGUUGAACUGCCUCCUUGCGGACAAGUAUUGUUUCGACUCAAUGCCGGAGGUGCUAGGACAGACAUCUAUAAUGGGUGGGUUUCUGGUAAUGGAACAACAUCUAAUACUUCUUGUAUUAACACAGCCUGUCCCCAAAACUACCGAUACGCUUAUGUGGACCAUUGGAUGUCCCUCCUUCCAGAAACGAUCAGCAUAACACUGCUGAAAAAUGGCACGGUUGUACAGUUCAUCACUUUUAACGCUACUGGAUCUAACCUCACAAACUGGUUUACCGAAGCGCGCGUUAUCGCCACCAGCUGGUCAACUCUAGGUGUUGACUCUUCUUUCUAUUUAGGGCCCGGUGAUUCCCCUUUCAAGGUAGAUUUAGCUGAUGUGUGCUUGAACCCUCGAACAACUUAUCUUAGAGUAUUCGAAGUUGAACACCCUGCGUGCUCAUUUCAACUUCCUGCUGACAAACCUGUAAUUGUGUAUCACCCUCUGAGUUGCAAGGCACCAGUUGACAAUACACCGGAAACAAUGGCAUUUGCGGACACGAUGGUCAUUACCUUCACACAUUAAUAAACAAUCCGAGUUAAAUACGAAAUAGUCUGUAAGAAAAAAAAAGUUGUGAGCUACACAUGUCAACUUUUUAAAGUGACUCGUUCACUUUUUAAAGGGUCAGACAUCCAACAACAUAAUUGCAUCUAAAAUACUAACAAAGUGCUUGUAGCAAUGAUAAAACAUCACCAAAAGCUUAACAAAAACCCUAUUCUGCUAUUGUUAACAGAUUUCUAAAACAUAUGACAAACUAUUCUUUAUUUUGACGAAAAGCGUUAGUAACGCUGUUGAACAUUGAAUGAUAUUAGGCUCGGAUGAACAAAAUUAGUUUCAAGUGAGUAUCUGCAAUUUAAUAUUUGGUGUUAUUUCAUAAUAGUAAGGAAAAAACUUCAAUUUGAACAAUUAAAAAAAGAGAUGUUGAAAACGUACAACCUUUGAACAAGUCCCUUUAACGUAUUAACGUAACUCUGGGACAAAUAGGUACGCUUUGAACACCAUUUAAUAACUUUUAAAAUAACUAUUAUAUCUUAUUUGCUCACAAUCUUGUCACCAAUUUUUUAAAUACUUAUCCAGCUGAUUUGUUUACAUCCAGUAUGAUUGUCUAUGCACAGUAACUUUAUUACGCUAUUAUAUAUUAUGGGUGAGAUUUGUCUAAAUAUCUUCUAUUAGUAUUUGAUUGAUUGUCCAUGCUCACUUACUGUAAUCCGCCUUUAUAUAUUCCGGGUGAGAUUUGGCUUAAUAUAUUCUAUUAAUAUUUGAUUGAUUGUCCAUGCAAGUUACUGUUUUUUACUAAUUUUAUAUUCCGGGUGAGAUUUGGCUUAAUACCUUUUAGUAGUAUUUGAUUGAUUGUCCAUGCAAGUAACUGUUUUUUCUUAUUUUAUAUUCCGGGUGAGAUUUGGCUUAAUAUGUUUUAUUCGUAUUUGAUUGAUUGUCCAUGCAAGUAACUGUAUUUUCUUAUUAUAUAUUCACGGUGAGAUUUGGCUUAAUAUGUUUUAUUCGUAUUUGAUUGAUUGUCCAUGCUCACUUACUGUAAUCCGCUUUUAUAUAUUCCGGGUGAGAUUUGGUUUAAUUUGUUUUAUUAGUAUUUGAUUGAGUGUUCAUGCAAGUUACUGUGUUCCGUUAUUAUAUAUUCCGGGAGAGAUUUGGCUUAAUAUAUUUUAUUAGUAUUUGAUUGACUGUCCAUGCAAGUAACUGUUUUCUCUAAUUAUAUAUUCCGGGUGAGAUUUGACUUAAUAUUAGUUAUAAGUAUUUGAUUGAUUGUCCUAGCACAGUUUCUGUAUUCCACUAUUGUAUGUGCUUUAUGAGAGAGAGCAUUAUUUCACUUACAUUUUAUUAGUAUGUGCUUAUCAACGUCGGUUGUGGUUUAACUUAGGAAUCCUUGUAAUUUAAACUAUCUAACCAACGAUAAUAUAGAGAGUAAUAAAAAUGUUGAUUUUGAUAAAUGAAAUGACUUUGUACGAUUAUACUUUUGAAAACAUUUUAAAUCGUUUUAUACGAGAAAACAAGACUAAACAAAAUUUGCAUUUGUUUUGGUCAAAGUACAAUUUUAUAAUAGGCUGCUAAUAAGCAUGGUUUAUUGUGGGCUGAACACCUUAAGUAGCCUAUCAUCAUAUUGCGUGCAUGCAGUAGCAAAAUGUUUUGUUCAAUUUUAAAGUAUGUUUCUUCAUCAAAAAACCCAAAACACGUUUUAUCUAGUUAAUGUAUUGAUCUAAACUUGAAUGUCAUAUACAAAUAUUUAUUUGAUGCUUUUUGGUGAAAUAUCGACAGUGGGCAGUUAAUUAUGUUCCUUUUGUGAUGUUGUGAAUCCGUCUUAGGUUUUGUUUCGGGAGUGUAGUAAAAUACGACCUGUACUACAACAUAUUAAUACAAACAUUAAAGUAAGUUGAUUUAAGUAUUGUCAUAAGUAAUGUGUUUGUUUUAUUAUGGUAUGGAAAGAAUCAUUUUGAUGUCCUUUUUCUAGAAUUAAAACAAAAUACGUUUUCCUAACAGGGACAAAUAGUUCCCGAUUUCUGGUUUCAAUAACAGCCUAGGGCUGGCAUGGGAAAUGUUAAAUGACACAAAGCUUUAAGAUAGAGAUAAGUUUAAUUGGACGAUUGUAAGUUUCUUUCAUAACUACUUUCAGAUUUAUAGAAUACAAAAAGUAUUUCAAGUUUACUAAUACGGUAUGUUAGAUAAGUGUUACCAUGUUUCUUUUUUUCUUCUAAUUUUUCAUUCAGAGAUAUUGUUACAAACAAUAUUGAAAAACUGAACUGUUUUAAGUUUUAACUACCGCUGUUUUAUCCUUUAUCAAUCAUGUUUAUUAAUACAGAAACAAUCUGUGUCAAUAAUGUCAUGCUUACUGACCAAGACAUGAUAUUUUGAAUGGUGCUUUGUAUAUUGCUAAUAAAUAUUCGCACUCAUA